AUGAGCGUAGUCCUGCAAUUGAUGCCCGAGCUUAAUCUGAAUAUCCACAUGAGAUCGCGCAGUUUCGAACUUCCCAAUGUUGCAUCGUUGAGCAGACCAACCAAACGCUCUCUCAGCGAUGACUCAGAAGUUGCAAAGAAAAGAUCAAGAACAGCUCCACCUUCACCAUUUGAUAAGGAAAUAAUUAACCAGCAAUCUAACCAACAAGCAAGUCCAAAGGAUCAAGCAUUAUCAUAUAAAAUCGUGUCUAGCGCGGCAAAUCCAAUGAAACCAAUACUCAGAUCGCGUUCAUUGUCUCCAUCAAAGAAGUUUGUCCAGCUUUCUUCACCAGAUGUUUCUGUUUCUGUACCUGUACAAACUAGUGGACCAGCUAGUGAACCAGCUAGUGCGUCAACUAUUGCUGCAGGGUCUGCCCCAGGUUCCGUGUCAGGAUCACCAAUGGGAUCACCAACUGAUUUACAAAAGCCUGUUCUCAAUAGUGUCCAAAGUCCAUUGAAUAAUGUUAAAUUGCCCAGUUUGUCAGAUGCUUUAAACAGACCCAUUUCAUCAAUAACAUCAAGUCAAAAAUACAGAUCAGACCCAAUAAUCCCCACCGUUUCCUUGGACUACUUUGACACUUAUAAGCCAAACGAUGAAAACUGGAGAUACGAACUCUUGGACAAAAUCACAAAGGAGUCCAAACAUUUCCAUUUAAACCAGUACAAUUAUCUCAACAAGAGCAGCAAAAGUUCGAAACCUGAAUUUGAUUCCAAAAUCAGUAGCAAAAUCCAGCACUCAACUUCCCCUCAAGGUGUAAAACCACUGCUUCAUCAUACCACAUCAGAUUUUUCGGUGAAUAAAAAGAAAAUCAACUUUCCAUACGAGUCCAACUACACGUACUUGAACCAAACAUACAUGACCGAUGUCCAAAAGUAUCCUGAGUAUUUAGAGCUAGCUCAAUCUCUUGUGAAUUUAUCCCAUCCACAUCCAUACUCCAACACAAAUCCAAAAACAAAUUCAAAUUUUAAUUCAAAUUUUAAUUCAAAUCCAAUUCCAAUUGCAUCUUCAAAUCCACCACCUCCACAAAAACAACAACAAAGAAACCAAAGUGCAACCAAAGCAUCACCAUUAAAAAUGGCACACGCUCAACAUCCAGCACAUUCAAUAAGUGUGGCCCAUUCCACAUCUGAUGCAUAUCAAAAAGAAAACACUCCUCGCACCCCAAUACGUUCACAAGCAAGCAUUUUCCAGGAUCGAGAAAUUCUUCAACCGUUAGAGUUCAAAUACCAACAGAAUACAACAGCUUCAAGCGUACCAUUAUUGAGUGGUCCAUCAACCUCUCAAGUUCCAAAUCUCCUGUCGUGUUUAACACCAACCAAACAGACCACUGCAUUAACCUCCGCAUCCAAAACCACAUCAUCAUCAGCAUUACCAAGUUUACAUCAGUCGCUUCCGGGAUUGCUUAGCGAGCAAGGACCACCACGAAUGUAUACAUUCAGCAGCGAGAAAAUUGACCAAUCGCAUUCAUCACCUCUCCAACCAUCACAUCAUCACCAAAGUCAUAACCAUAACCAUAACCAUAACCAUAACCAUAACCAUUUGCCUUCACCACCACUGCUGCAAACAGUUCCCAUCUCCACCCAUAAAUUCAUCCCUAUAUCUUCUCCUUCCAUUAAAUCCAAAUCGCGAUCCGAGACAUUAUUAAAAUCUCCUCCAAGGUCCUACCAUCUGGCGACUCGUGCAUGCAUCUCAUGCGGCCUGGAUCAAUCGCCAUGUUGGAGACCUUCAUGGUCCAUAAAGGAGGGUCAACUAUGUAACUCAUGUGGGUUGAGGUAUAAAAAGACAGCUGCUAGAUGCCUUAAUGAUAAGUGCAGGAAAAUUCCAGCUAAGGGAGAAUGGUCGCUCAUGCAGAGCAAAGGUCAAGUCUCAUUUGAGGACGGACUGAGUGGGUACAGUUGUUUGGAUUGUGGAUGGAGAGUCGAGGUGAAAUGA